GCAGACCCCAUGGCCGCAAAUGACAGCUGACAGCACCUGCAAAAUGGAAGCGUUGUGAAGUGCCGUUGUUUUGUAAAUAUUUUAGAAGAAUCUCAAGUUUCCUCAUUAUAGAUCUGAUGUACAAAUACUAAAUUCCUUGUGAUUUAAUUUUAGUGUGUUUGUCGGUUUCUUAACACUUGCGGCAAAAUGGCUCUUCCAGCCAAUUACAAACAAGUUGCGAUGCAAAUGCCUAGCCCCCAAACAAACCAUUUGCUGUCGGCAGGCGUGCCCAUGACUUUCAACAUAUUGAAAGAGCGUUUAAGAGCCUCAGGAGGGUCAGGUUCAGGAACCAACUUGUAUUUACAGAAAGAAACAAGUCCAUUUAUCACAACUCCAAAUGGCCAUUCCGGAUUUUUACCACAAAAAGUGGGAAAGAGCUCUGCCAAUGACGCGCGAACGCCCAAACCUCCAAAACCCCCUGAAAAGCCCCUCAUGCCGUACAUGCGUUACAGUAGAAAAGUUUGGGAUACUGUAAAGGCUCAAAAUCCAGAUCUGAAACUAUGGGAAAUUGGAAAAAUCAUCGGGCAGAUGUGGAGAGAUCUCCCAGAGGACGAAAAAACCGAAUUUGUCGAAGAGUAUGAAGGCGAAAAAGUCGAAUACGAAAAAACAUUAAAAACCUACCACAACUCCCCAGCAUAUCUAGCCUUUAUAAACGCAAAAAAUAGAGGUAAAACCGGUAACGACAGCGACACUCACGACAGAACCAGUUCUUCGUCCAAACAGCAAGCGGCAGAUCGCCGGAUUGAAAUUCAAGCCGCCGAAGAUGAAGACGAUCAAGACGACGGGUACUCGGUCAAACACGUCGCUUAUGCGCGUUUCUUGAGGAAUCACCGCUUAAUCAACGAAAUUUUCUCGGAUACGGUAGUCCCAGACGUGCGCUCAGUAGUAACUACUGGAAGAAUGCAAGUUUUGAAGCGUCAAGUCCAAUCUCUAACUAUGCAUCAAAAGAAGCUUGAAGCCGAGUUGCAACAAAUUGAAGAAAGGUUUGAAGCGAAGAAGCGGAAGUUUAUUGAAAGUAGCGAACAGUUUCAGGAAGAAUUGAAAAAGCAUUGUAAACCUGCGGUCGACGAAGACGCGUUUCAAAAGAUGGUUGAAAGACAGUAUGAUUUGUUGAAGAAGGAAAGAAUGAAGAGUUUGGAGGAACAGAAGCCCAAGAUUGAAGAGAAUGGAACUGCUGCUGUACCGGAAGCACAGGCUGCUAGUGUACACUCGGAGCAACCACCGCCUCAGCAAGACGGACAACCCCAGUCAGAGCCCAUGGAACAAGACGAGAAACCGCCAAGACCCAACGACAACCCCAGUCCAGUGAACCAACCCCCACCAACCAACGGCACGCCGGAAAGCAAACCACCACCACCAGAAGCCCCCGAACACAAACCGCCCUCGCAGCUCCCCGAGCAACCCCAGCCCCCGAUUCCCGAGCCCCAGGGCCCCCCUCAGCCCCACAUGCCGCCUCCGCAACACGGCAUCCCUCCGCCCGCGACCCAGCCCCCGAUGCACCACCACCCGGCACCGUCGCACAUGCCGCCUCAAUCCCACCCGGUCCCGCCGCCCCACAUGCCCCCGGCUCCCCACGGCAUGCCCCCCAACCCUUCCCAACAGAACAUGAUGGCUCCAGGACAGGUGCCCCCGUACCAGCAGUAUCCGCAGGGUAGCCCCCAGACCGUCCCGCUGCCCCCGCGUCCUCCGCAUCCCCCGUAUGGAUAUCCCCAGCAGCAAGGGUACCACCAACCGUAUUCUCCUCAGUAUCCUCCUCAUACUUACUACCAUCAACCGUAUCCACAGUAUCCGCAUAUGAAUAGGCCCCAUUUGUACCCUCCGCAUGGACCGGUCCCAGACGGGCAACCCAUGCCUCCGAACCCAGAGGGGCAUCCGGCUCCCAUGUAUGGUGGACCUGCGCCAGCCGAGGCAGAGAGGGUGCAACCGAGCGGGGAAGAUUCGCAUCCACGGGCCCCAGAUGAAAGUAAACAUGAAUCUAAUUCUGAUACUCAUAGCAGCGAUAAGGAAAAGAAAGAGAACGAAUAAUUUUUUUAUAUAUACCAAGUUUUAUUUCUUUUGUCCCAUUUUAGUUUACAGUGAGCACGUAUGUAGCUAUUUUCUUUUGUUAUUUUUGCAAUAAAAAUUUAAUAUGAUGUAGGAA